CUUCUUCUGUUUGUAACUUUGCAUUGGCCAUAUGCUUGCUUUGACUCCUGGAAAUGGACCCAAUAGAGGCCACUGCAAGAUUGGAUCUCACAACAUUAUCUGCAUUGCAGUACAUGGAUGUUUGCAAUUCCUCUCUCUCUCUCUCUCUCUCUCUCUCUCUCUCUCUCUCUCUCUCUCUCUGUGUGCAUGCCAUGAUCUGUAGUUGGUGGAGCCACACUGUGAAUUAUUUUUAAGCAACAAUGCCUUAAAUUCUUCUGUAAUUGGAAUAAUGAAGAGCAGGCAGGAUCUUAAUUAUAAUUCCUUUAAAAUAUAUGGAUUUUCUCCAUGCUAAAAGAUGAAAUCCUCUUUUUCUAAUGUGAUCUAGUUUGGCAAACUGAGUUGAGGUUACAAAUUAAUUUGAACCUCAGGUUUUGUAUGUCUAAAAACAUAUUUAUUAUAUCAAUAUUUUUAUAUUUUAGUUUGAAAUGAAUGAAAUUUUUCUUCAAUAUUUUAUUGUUUUUGUUAAAUUUAAUGAACAUGCAAGAGAUUGUCAGACAAGCAAAAAUAUGUCAAAGAUCUUACAUGCUAUUUGGUCCACCACCUUAAUGCCAUACCCUCAGUUACACCCUUUUCAUGCAUCCAAUUCAACCAUCCUAUGAACUCCUCCUCAUUUAUGACAAGGAAAGAUCUCCAUUAGCGACAGUGUGACUGAGUGUUUGAUAUGCUUUCUUCUGAGGUAUAUUGUAAGAUUAUUUGGACUGGAAUCGUGACACUUAGUCUCCAAAUUUAAUUAGCUAUCUUAAAUCUUCUUGCGUAGAGGUGGCACUUGGACCAAGGUAUGAAUGAUACCAGGCAUAGAGCUCCGGCUAUAAAUUUGGAGUGCAGCAACAUCCUGCCCAAGUCUGUUCUUGUGUUUGAGAGGGAAAAGGUAGGGGGAGAUUGGCAGGGAGAUAGUGAGGUAUAGAUAUAUAAGGCCAUCUUCUUCUCUCUCACCUUCCAUAGGCAGAGAGGUAUAGACAUAUAAGGCCACCAUCUUGAAGCCAAGGGAGGGGGUCAGGAGGAAGAGAGCUGGGAAUGGCUGCAGGAAGAGCAACCCUAGCACUGGGGGUAGCUUCUCUUCUUCUUGUGGCCUAUGCUAGCGCGCAUGAUUUUGUAAGGUUUGGGUACAGGGGAGCAAUUGGACCUGACAAGUGGGGUGGCUUAUGCCCUGACUAUGAACUGUGCUCAAAAGGAAAGCAUCAGUCUCCAAUCAAUAUUGUGAAAGGUGAUGUGGUCUAUGAUCCGACGCUCGAACCUCUUCAGAGGGAUUAUGCUGCCACAAAUGCUACCCUCGUCGACAAUGGCUUCAAUAUUGCGCUUCGGUAUGACAGUGGUGUAGGGCAUGUGAUUGUGGGUGGAAAGAACUACACCUUGAUACAAAUGCAUUGGCAUUCACCUUCUGAGCACACAAUUGAUGGAGAGCGAUUCCCUGUGGAGCUCCAUCUUGUUCACAGUAGUGAUGACGGCAACAUCACAGUUGUAGCAAUCCUGUAUCGAUUCGGCCAUCCUGAUCCUUUCGUCUCCCAGAUAAAGAACAAGGUUGCUGAACUGGCCAAGGAAGUCUGCGCUGGUGAUGAAGAGGCACAUGUUCCAGUCGGAAUUGUGCAGACGAGGGCCAUGAAACGCCACUCUCGCAAGUACUUCAGAUAUGUUGGAUCGCUUACCACACCUCCAUGCACUGAGAAUGUCAUUUGGAACAUCCUUGGCAAGGUGAGGGAGAUGACCGCGGAACAAUUAGCUGAACUGAAGUCGCCUUUGCACGAGGAGUACUACAACAACUCAAGGCCAACACAGCCAUUGAAUGGGAGGACGGUGCUGCUCUACGACGAGUCUAAGGCCAGUUAACCUCAGUAUAACCAAAGAUAACAUGCAUCAUCACCUGGAUUGUCAUUGUAUCACCGAAGAGGAAGAAAUGAAUGAUGUACGAAGCUACAUUUCAGCUAGUACAGAUUGAAAUCUCUUUGGAGUUUGAAAUGCUGCCUGCACCCAGUUGUGACGAGUGCUACUUUUUCAAAUGAAUCAGAGUAAUUUCCUUUUUAUCAGCUAAACAUGUACUUCAUGAAUGAUUCCUGAGACGUUGAGCUGCAAUGUCAUGGCCUUCCAAAGUCACAUCUCAACUCUUUUGUGUUGCCCAAAUAAGUGUAUUUGAGCAUAUUUAUUAAGGGAAAAAGUUAUUGAUAUUUUGGUCAA